AUGGCGGAUUUGGCUGCGAACAAGGCAGUGAUUUUACCAGGAACUAUAGAAGAUGCAAGUGUUUUUGAGGACAUCAAGCGGGCACUGCAAGAGCUAGGCCGGUUCAAGUGGGCACUAGAGCUAAGUCAGGUACCUCAACUACAGCAUGCGAAUUAUGCCAGAGUACAUAUGGGAGCAGAGUUGAAUAACGCUCUGAAGUUUCUAGUGAGCCCGGCAGAUCCAGCUACCAUCGACUUUGACCAGUUGCAGGCUACACUAAUCAAUCAUUUCGAUCGGAAAAAGAACAAAUACGUUGAAAGCAUUAAAUUUAGAAAGAUUGUUCAACAAAAAGGAGAAACAAUCGCCCAGUUCGCACUCCGUUUAAGACAAGGUGCGGUGAAUUGCGAAUACGAAGACUUCCUUGAUCGGAUGUUAAUCGAACAACUUUUGCACGGUCUAGAAUCCCGCGAUAUGUGCGAUGAGAUUAUUGCGAAAAAACCAGAAAAUUUUAAAGAAGCGUACGAGAUAGCUCAUUCACUAGAGGCUACGCGGAAUACGGCACGAGAGGUUAAUACGGGUGUAACUUCCCCAAUUCUUGAAGAAACCAACAAGCUAGGCUACGAAAAUCUUCGAAUCAGGAAGAAGUCAGUUUUGAAUCAACCGAAAAAUCUCAGGAGUGAUCACCAGCGAUCAAACAAUCAUCAUACUACAGAAGUCGGACCUUGCAAAGGUUGUGGCGGUCAGCACAUAAGAAGUCAGUGCCGUUUUCGUGAUGCUCGUUGUCAUCACUGUAAUAUAAAAGGACACAUUGCAAAAGUAUGUCGGGCAAACAAAUCUAUGAUUCAAGAAUCGUUUGCAGAUCUCGUAGACUCACACGAAAUGCCAUCAUCGGAAAUAGACCUGGUACAACCACUGAAUCAAGUACACGAUAUCACAUCGUCUGGAAAGAAAAUGAUUAAUGUCAAAAUCGAUGGGCGCGCUCUACAAAUGGAGUUAGAUACCGGAGCACCGUGUGGCAUAAUUACCGAAUCAAAAUUGCGAUCGAUUAAACCAGGAUACUCAUUACAAAAAACGGACAGACAAUUUUCGAGUUACACCGGACAUCAUAUUAAUUGUCUAGGACGUAUUCCGGUUCUUGUAUCAGUUGGAGCUUCAACACGUAAAUUGAACUUGUACGUCGUAUCCGGAAAAGCCGAAUCCCUUUUCGGACGCGAGUGGAUUUCCCAUUUUGUGGAACAUAUCAAUCUACAUGAACUGUUCUCUACCGACACACCGAUCAAUUCCAUAAGCUCUACCGGACUGAAUACAAUGGAUACAAUACGUCUUUCGAAUCUGCUGAGAGGCUUCGAAGAUGUAUUUAGCGACACUGCAGGAAAAUUAACGGGACCACCAGCCAAAGUACAUUUAAAACCAGAAAUAUUUCCUAUAUUCGCCAAAGCACACGAUGUACCGUAUGCAUUACGAGAGCGCUACGCUGCGGAAAUCGACAAGAAAAUAGCAUCUGGAUUCUUCAAGAAAGUUGAUUCCUCCGAGUGGGCAUCACCGACUCAUAUAGUCGUGAAAAAAAAUGGAGAACUGCGAAUUACCGGAAACUAUAAACCAACUGUCAACCCGCGGAUGAUAGUGGAUGAGCAUCCCAUACCGAAGAUAGAAACGAUUUUCAACAAAAUGAAUGGCGCUACAUUGUUUUGCCAUUUGGACUUGACCGAUGCGUAUACUCAUCUUCCGAUAGAUGAAGAGUUCAGCCAUAUACUAACACUUAACACGAUAACACACGGACUUAUUCGCCCGACUCGGGCCGUAUACGGAGCGGCAAACAUACCCGCUAUUUGGCAGCGACGCAUGGAGUCUGUGCUUCAAGGAUUGGAUGAUAUCGUCGUUAGUUUCUACGACGACAUAAUCGUGUUUGCAAGAGAUUUUGACAACCUGCUUCAAGCGCUUACUAUCAUUUUGGAUAGAUUGAGAGAGAGUGGUUUGCGUCUGAAUCGAUCAAAAUGCGUCUUUGCAGCACCAUCUCUGGAAUGUUUAGGACAUAGAAUUGAUCGUUAUGGAUUGCAUAAAUCAGAUAAACACGUUGCAGCAAUUCGCGAUGCUCCUCGACCGACAACAACAGAAGAAUUACAGCUUUUUCUGGGAAAGGCUACAUAUUAUAGCGCCUUCAUACCAAAUCUUUCUUCAAGAACAAGAGCCUUACGCGACGUACUUCUGUCCGAUAAUUUUGAAUGGACUUCUGAAGCCGAUAAAGCUUAUCUGGAUAUCAAGGCAGUCCUAACAUCUCCCCAAGUAUUAAUGCAAUACGAUCCAACGCUCCCACUAAUACUAGCAACGGACGCUAGCAAGACGGGACUAGGUGCUGUGCUUUCUCAUCGGUUGAGCAACGGGCAGGAACGACCAAUCGCCUUCGCCAGCACUAGUAUGUCAACUACGGAACAACGCUAUCCCCAAAUCGAUAAGGAGGCACUUGCUAUUGUCUGGGCAGUGAAAAAGUUCUUUCACUACUUGUACGCAAGAAAAUUCACUUUAAUAACGGAUCAUAAGCCCCUUACACAAAUCUUGCAUCCGGAGAAAUCACUACCAACGUUGUGCAUAAGCCGAAUGGCUAAUUAUGCGGAUUACCUCGCGCAUUUUGACUUCGACAUUGUCUACAAACCCACGAAGCAACAUACAAAUGCUGAUUACUGCUCACGAAUAUCGAAGGAAACGGUGCCUCAAGUCAACUAUCUGAAACAAGAGGAUGACACUUUGGAAGAUGAUUUCGAGGGAUUCACUCUGCAUCAAAUUCAACAACUUCCAGUGCGUGCGGAACACAUUGCCCGUGAAACGUGCAAGGAUGAAUACCUGGGAAAAAUUGUGCAACUACUUGAGAAAGGUUACGAUCUGGCGCGAUGUGGUUACAAGUCUCCGGAAAACAAGUACACCUUAGCAGCCAACUGUUUGCAUUAUGAACACAGAGUAAUCAUACCACCGUCGCUUAGACAGGCGAUAUUGAAUGAUCUACAUGUAGCACACUUGGGGGUAGUAAAAAUGAAAAGCUUGGCUCGGUCUUUCGUUUAUUGGCCAGGUAUCGAUAACGAUAUCGAACUAGCAGUGCGAUCAUGCAGGAAUUGUUCAAGUAAUGCACCUUCUCCACCGAAAUUUAGUUGUCACCAUUGGGAAUAUCCGCAAGGCCCAUGGCAGCGCAUUCACGUCGAUUACGCUGGCCCGAUUGCAGAUUCAAUGCUUCUAAUCGUUGUCGAUGCUUACAGCAAAUGGGUGGAAGUUAGAGUCACUUCUACGUCAACAACUGAGGCGACAGUUGGUAUAUUGGACGAGCUUUUCUGUUCUUAUGGAGUACCAACGACACUGGUAUCCGACAACGGACCACAGUUCACUGCUCGAGAGUUUAAGCAUUUUCUGCAAAUGAGCGGGGUUAAAUUCCACAAAUUUUCAGCACCGUACCACCCAGCCACCAACGGACAGGCUGAGCGAUAUGUCCAAACAGUGAAGCAAGCCCUCAAAGCCAUGGGCACAACUAAAAGCACUCUGAAGAAGAAUAUAAAUGAAUUCCUGUGUCAGUAUCGAAGAACUGCUCAUUCCGAGACAACUGAAUCUCCAGCAAAACUAUUUUUGGGACGAAAUAUAAUGACUCGGUUAGAUUUAGUAAGGCCACUGGAUGCUAGCACGAGAAUCACAGAGAAACAAAAGGCGAAUUUCAACACAUCGUUCCGAUCUUUCACUCCGGGACAACAAAUAUACUUUAUUUCUGGAAAUAAUCGAAUGGAUAAAUGGAUUCCUGGAGAAAUAUCAAAACAACUGGGAGAUUUACACUACAUAAUAGAAUAUCACGGAAAACACGUCAAACGUCAUGUUGAUCAAAUCCAGCGCUACCAUAGCAACGAAGAAAGCGAACGAAGUCUAUCAAUACCGACGUCACUCACACCACAACGCAUAUCAAAGAUACCAGCAGAACAAGAGAGUCCACCUCGGCGGGCCUACGCUCCAUACAGGCCAAGUUGCUGCAGGAUCUGGAUCCCCGUUGCUGAUUCAUCGCCCCCGAAGCUAGUGCCGCCCCGCUCAUCGUCACCAGGAACCACCAAGUCGACCAACGAUCAUCACGGCCGCAACGGAGUGUUGAGAAGAAGUUAUCGACGAAUGAACUUGCGCAAGUAG